AUGCUCUCCCAAACGCCACAUUACCUUCUCCACCCUGCUGCAGAUGAGUUGAAAAAGAAAAUCAGUGAAGGCUAUGCAGUGGUGAGAAGUCGAUUGAACGACGACAUUAAAGCAAGGAAUUCCACUUGGACACCACUGCAAAUAGCUGCUUUUGAAGGAACAGCAGAGGAGUUUGUACGACUUCUGACGCCAGAAUCCAUUGAAUGCCGCACGUCACAGCAGCUAUCGCUUCUCCAUGUGAUCUGUGCAGGGCAGGGUGAGUCGCAAGUUGACAAACUCACAGCUCUAUUAGAUGCAUGUGGAGAUGAUGCCACCAAGAAGAAAAACCUAUUAUCCCAUCUGUCGAAUAAUGGAUUCUCAGCUUUGCAUGUUGCCGUCUACAGGGGUGACCUAGCUUUGGUGAAAAGCUUGCUGGAAUGUGGAGCCGAUCCUGGUUUGGGAGGACGGCAUCAGCUACCUCCUCUUCAUUUGGCUGCUAUGAUAGGAAGUUCGUCAAUAGCACAGGCUCUGGUCACAGAUGGGGCUUCGCUCGAAGCCAAUGACUUCGUGCUUUUCACUGCUCUACAUUGUGCUACGUAUUUUGCUAACGAGCAGGUCGUACGAUGUCUGUUGAAUUGUGGAGCUGAUGGGAACGUAUGUGGUGGAGUAAAAGAUCGUCCGUUACAUUUGGCCGCUAGUCGAGGACUUUCCGCCAUUGCCUCGCUUCUUCUCGAGGCCGGAGCCGAUCCUCAACUGGCCGAUGACGAAGGAAAUCUCCCGCUACAUUUCGCUGCCAAGACCGGUCACAUGGCUGUGCUGAACAUUCUGCUUAAGAACAGCAAGAACUUAUCAGAAACUGUAGCCACACGCAACGUCUAUGGCGACACUCCACUUCAUCUCGCCUGCUAUGGUGGGCGACUGGAUGCUACCAAAGCGCUCAUCGAAGCUGCAGCCGGAUCACAUCUGAUGGUGUCGGAAAACGUAUUCUCAGAGACCCCACUGCAUGCAGCAUGCACGGGUGGUAAAUCUAUCGAGCUGAUCGCAUAUCUGAUGAAACAGCCUGGAGUUGAUCCUAACUACCAAGGACAAGAUGGCCAUACAGCUCUUCACUCGGCAUGUUACCAUGGACAUCUACAGAUUGUACAGUAUCUGCUUGAAAACGGUGCUGAUCAAUCGCUUGCAGCUCGUACAAACGAAAGACCCGCAGCGGUCCAAAGGACACCCCAGUCGACGUUCGCAGCAGCAAUCAUGGCCCUGAAUCGCCCAGAGACGCUAUCAGGGAUAUCGUCGCGGGAUUCGGUCGUUUCCGUUGAGGACCAGCAGACGCCGGUGAUUUGGGCUUAUGAAAAAGGUCAUGACCGUAUUGUGGCUCUGCUGAAACAGUAUGCCAACAAACGACCUGAUGCCGAUGUAUGCAGUGAGUACAGGUUCCUAGCUUGGGCUGAAUUCAAAGGUGCCCAGUCAUACCAUUCAAUUCUGGAGAUUCCUCGUACACACCACUCCCUUCACCGAUGGGUCGACUACGGUCAAUGA